CGGAGGGAGGGUGACAGAUAGCGAUUAAAAAGAGGGUGGGAGAGGAGCGACUGACAGGCUGGAGAGCGGGGAAGAGUGGGCAGCGGAGGACAGGCGGCCAGAGAACCAAGAAGCCUACGGGAAUUCCAGACAGGAGGAGGAGGAGAAGAAGGUGGGACCCCUUGGACCACAAAUGAGGGAGUCAGCAGGCAAGCCUCCUGGCAGACCAGACCAAAGCAUCACAUUCUUUGCCUUGAACUAUUUUUAUACAUCCUUGGGGACUUGCAAGGAAUGAAUGACAGUGCCAGAAGAUCAAGGGAAAAGUCUUCAGGGAUGGAGGAGAGUUUGAAAAACUUGCCCUGGAAGAAUAUACAUCUGUUUCGUUUCUUUUUCAUUAACCUUUCUCUUUCUCUCUGGCUUUCUGCCCUUCUUCUCCUCUGUUUCUCUCUUCUGCUUGAUAAUUCACAUCUCUGCACCUUCCACUUUCUCUUAUUUUUGUCUUUCCCCACCACUUUCCUUGCUAGAAAUGGCUGCCUUUUAUUUGGUUCUUAUAUUCUGAGUACUGUGUGAAGUGCUUUUUAUGUAUCCCCUCAUAAUACUUGAUGAGCUAAAUAACAGUAUAUCCAUUUUGCAUGGGAGGAAAUUGAGACAUAGUUCCAGUAACUUCUCCAAGCUCAGCAGAUACUCACAAGGAUUUGAACUCCACUUAACUAACCCCCAAACGGACUUCCCUGAACUGUUACAGUCUCUUUCCCCCUAUUUCCAUCACCCCUUUGUCUUUUCCCUCUUUUUAAUCCUUCUCCUCCACUUCUCUCCCUCCCUUCUCUCUGACACUCGCCACAUCCUGGCCUCUGCAUGUGUGCUGAUGGCCCUGAAGGUGCUGAACACUGUGCACGCGCCCAGAAGGGAUCAUAGACCAUUCAAAGUCUUAUCUAAUCAGCUAUUUGCCUUUUGGAAAAACAUGCCACAGUUUUCCACUUUGGGAGGGGGCCCUCAAUCAUGUGAGGAAAAGGGCAGAUGUCUGGUUACAAACCAGAGGAAAGGUCUCAAGAUUUGGAAGGGUCUUUGAUAUGAAGGCGAACAGAGAUAAGGUCCUUUCUGCUUACUCACGGACCCUUUCAUUCCCAGGGACUCUGUGUACUCUCAGGGUUGGGGAGUGGAGUGCUGGGGGAAGACAGAGCCAAGAGGCUGGUCUCUGUCAAGAUAUCAACUCAGAAGCCAAAGCCUGGACCAUGAAAUAUGGUCCUGUCCUUCCUUCCUCUUAUGCAUAAGAACUGGAACUGGGAUAGGAUAGGGGGCAUGCUGGCAACAAAGAUGUGAAGGUUAAGGUUUGAACUUGACAACCUCUAAAGUCCCAUCAGAGUCUGAGGUUUUAAGAUUCCAAGAAGGGAAUAUUUAUCUUCAGCUCCCUCCUUUUUUUGUUUUUCAUUAGGACUGGUUGAUUAAAGGCUUAAGCCAUACGAACAUUUAUUGCUCAUCAAGUAAAAAUUCUGGACAUAGAAGAGUCAAGAGUUGAUUCAGAAGCCUUGGGGCACCGGUUGCAUUUCUGAGACUCCCUGGGCAGCUUCAGGCAUCUUGACUCACACAACCUGUCCACAGGCAGUCGUGGGGGUGAAGAGGACUUCAAGGGAGGCUCUCUCUGUUUACUGGGGGAUGGAAAACAUUUUCUAGAGCACUCCCUCCACAUUAGACCCUCCCCACCUCACCUCACAGAGCAAAACUAACUGCAGUGAAGGCUGAGAAAGUGAUAGCUGACCUUCUUAUCCUGCUAAUGGACACAGGCAAAGAAUAGGGGAUUGGUUUGCCACGAAUAGGAAACAUCAGUGCCUGCCACCCGCUCCUUCAUUCAUUCAACUAAGAUUUACUAAGCCCCGACUCUGGUCUAGGUGAUGAUGGUACAGAGGAAAAGGCAAGUCCUGUUCUCAAGGAGCUCCUACUGGAAGAACAUAGACAGGAAGAGGAUCACAAGAUGUUAGGAGAGGACUGAGUAUCCUCAGGGUCAGUGCAGAGCUGAAGAUAUUCAGCUUGAGGAAGCAGGGAGGGCUGGAGAAGCAAUGACUGGGUUCAGUUUUGAAGAGUAUAUAGGAUUCAGCUAGGGGUGAGGAAACAUGUAGGAGGUGAUUGGGAGGAAAGCAUUCAAGAAUCUUUCAGGAACUGGCAUGCUGGGGACCAGCAGGAAAUGAGGCUGAUGAAAUAUGCAAGGACCUGAUGAGGGAAGGUUCUAGGAGUCUUGGCGCCUGUCUUCUGCUGAGCCAAGAUGGGUGACUGGAGCUUCCUGGGAGAGUUUCUGGAGGAAGUACACAAGCAUUCCACGGUGAUCGGCAAGGUCUGGCUCACAGUCCUCUUCAUAUUCCGCAUGCUGGUGCUGGGCACAGCUGCUGAGUCAUCCUGGGGCGAUGAGCAGGCUGAUUUCCUCUGUGAUACGAUGCAACCUGGUUGCGAGAACGUCUGCUAUGACCAAGCCUUCCCCAUCUCCCACAUUCGCUACUGGGUGCUGCAGGUCAUCUUCGUCUCCACGCCCUCGCUGGUGUACCUGGGCCACGCAGUGCACAUGGUGCGCGUGCAGGAGAAGCGGAAGCUGCUCCGGGAGGCUGAGAGGGCCAAAGAGGCUCGGGCCGCCGGCUCCUAUGAGUACCCGGUGGCUGAGAAGACAGAGCUGUCCUGCUGGGAAGAAGUGAAUGGAAGGAUUGCCCUCCAGGGCAGUCUACUUAACACCUACGUCUGCAGCAUCCUGAUCCGCACCACCAUGGAGGUGGCCUUCAUUGUGGGCCAGUACCUCCUCUACGGGGUCUUCCUGGACACCCUGCAUGUCUGCCGCAGGAGUCCCUGUCCCCACCCCGUCAACUGCUAUGUGUCCCGGCCCACGGAAAAGAAUGUCUUCAUUGUCUUUAUGCUGGCGGUGGCCGGACUGUCCCUUUUCCUCAGCCUUGCUGAACUUUACCACCUGGGCUGGAAAAAGAUUAGGCAGCGAUAUGUCAAGUCCCAGCCAGGCGUGGGUGAGUGCCAGCUUCCUGGCCCCUCGGCCGGCAGAGUCCAGAGCUGCACACCACCCCCUGACUUCAAUCAGUGCCUGGAGAAUGGCCCUGGGGGGAAAUUCUUCAGUCCAUUCAGUAACAAGAUGGCCUCCCAGCAGAACACAGAUAACCUGGCCACAGAGCAGGUGCGAAGUCAGGAGCAGAUUCCGAGAGAAGGCUUUAUUCACAUCCGUUAUGCCCAGAAGCCCGAGGUACCCAAUGAAGGCUCCCCAGGACCCAGCCUCCCCCACGGCUACCAGAGUGACAAGCGCCGUCUCAGCAAGGCCAGUAGCAAGGCCAGGUCAGAUGACCUGUCGGUGUGACCUCCAGUGUGGGAGAACCAGAUGGGAACAGAGGAACUCAGAGAGAGUAGGCAUGUCCUUUCUGACUCCAUCUCUUUCAUUCUCACCACUGCUAUGCUAUUUUUGGACUCUGGGUCUCAAUGACAUUGCUCAUUCUUCCCAGAAGAUGUUAGCAGGUCUUUGUGGAUGUGGUCAGAGACAUAGCUAUCUGUCCAGGCUGCUGUCUCUUCCCCAUCAUCCACCCAGAAUCCUCAAUGAAGCCUUUCAGAUUACUCUGUGAAUGGGAUGGAAGAAGGGAGGGGAUCACAGCAAAUCUGGCCUGGAAGGGAUAGCCAGAGGGAUAGGAUGACUCUACACAACAGCCACACAGCAGAUGGAUUCUCUAGGUCCUUCUGACUUCCUUGAUCUGAACACCCUUCCUUCAGCAAGAAAGAGCCCAAAGUUCCCAAUCCAACAAUGAGCAUGAGUCAAGGAACGUGCGUCGGAUGUGCUCUUGUGUGUAUUGUCUCCUUGGACCAUACCUUGGAGUGGUGGUGAGGUUGCCAUGGUCUGCCCUUGGCUGCCCCUCCCUCUGUCCAGUCUUACUUAAAAAGAAGUCCUUGGAACUCGACCAGCAAGCUCAACUUUACAAGUGCCUUGGUAUGCACCUCUGGCAAAUGUCUCACCUUGGUGAUAUUGCAGCCUUUCCUUCUGCCAGGGUGUGCAACCAGCCCCUGGGGCUGGAAAGCUCUCCCGGGGUCACCGUACACACAAUUCCACUGGAAUUCCUGCCACCACCAGGCAUCCUGCAGCUCUUUUACAGUUCAAACUGGUGAUAGACCCCAUCCCUUCCAUUCCCCCCUUGGCAGUCCCUCGAGUGCUCCCCUAAACACCUUAUUGACCAGAAUGCCCAAGAAGCCAUUGUCCUCUCUUGAAUCCUGACCAGUUCACCAGCCAUGGAGGCCAGUGAAAUUUCCCUAGGUCUAAUGAAAACAAAGAGGGCAUUGUGCUUCUCAGAUUCCCCUUGGGAAAAAGAAUAAUUCUGUUGUGAAGAUAGAAAUAAAAAAGGAGAAAAAAUGCUGAAAAACUAUUUUUCCCUCCUGUUUGCUUCCCUUGCUGACUGCCAACUUAGAGUGCCAAGAGGAGGUGUGAGGACAACUAUGGAGGCCCCCAGAUUUCCCUUUCCCUGGAGUAUUUAGCAGGGGCAUGAAAGCAGUAAGGGAAUCUCCAGUUCUCUUGGCAGGGCCCUUGUUUAAGAGCACAGAGAUGCCUGUGUCUUCCCAGUGCUCCCAAAGAAACUGCCAAAAGCAGUGGGGAUGGCAGAAAAGCUGUGUCUUCCCAGGGACUGGCCAGGUUUCUCUCUUCAGUCCAUCCAUAAUGGGUGGUUGCCACUUUGGAUGAAGAUAAAUGAUGCUCAGAAUUGGAUGCUGAAACUUAUAGGGAGAUGAUUACUUUUUAAAAUGCAUGUGUGUUUGUGUGUGUGUGUGUGUGUGUAUGCUGAUAAAGUGGGUGAAGGGGAGGGGAGUCCUGAAAUAAGGAAAGAAUAUCUUAGAGACACUUGUGUUUUCCUGCUUUCCUCUGAUGCCCGGCAGAGGGCCGAGACUCACUGUUUUCAGUGUCAUCAACCUAAAGAUAUAGGCAUGAGAGGCCUGGAUAGAGGAGGUUGAAGGCUCAGAAGGAGGCUCAGCCUCUGCCCCACCUGCCCAUCUCUGGGCCCCUCUGCUGAGACUUGAAUGCUAUUGGUGGGGAGAGAGAAGGAUGUGGGCAGAGAGGUGGAGGAAACUGACUGGGAUGCCAUUUAGGGAAGAAUGAUUGGUUAUCCCAGAUCCCUGGAGGGAACACCUUUUAAUCUAUUGUCUGGCACUGGCAUUAAGACUCUCCAAAACAAAACAAGACUGUCUUUCCCAUUAUCUCUCAAGUGUGUUUGUUUUAUGAAAUAAGUGUUCUUGGGUUAGAAAUUCUAUGAGAUCAGUCCUUCAUGAAGGGGCUUUCAGGAAGGAAAAAGGAAAUAAUAUGUGUAGUUUGUCCAAAUAAAGUCUGGCCCUCCAUGUAUCUCUUCUUUGUGUCCCUUUCAUGGUAUGACUAUAAGAUAGAGGUAGCAGACUUGGUAGGGGAGGGGAGCACUUGAUCAAUAUUGCAAAGGGCUUUGGAAUCACACAUGCUAGUGUGAAAAUUGCAGCUGCUGAUUUACAACUGGACUCCAGCAGGCUACUUAAUCCCUGAAGCUUGGUUUCCUCAUCUGUAAACUGAACCUAGUAAUAUCUCCCUCACAGGUUGUUAAAUGAGAUAGUGUUUGUAAAGAGUUCAGCAGGGUGCCUGGGAAAUCAUAGUCUGUCAUUAAAUUACAAUUAUUGCUAUUA